GAGACAUUUCAACUUCAACUGUACUGAGAAAUGAACCGGCAGAAUUUCUUGAAAAUCUUAAACAGUGGAUCUCAUUUAGUUCGCUGAAUCGCUGUUAUCGGGCUUCUGAAGAUGGAUGGCUAUCGACCAUUUUUCAUCUUCAAUGUGGUAAUAUUGGGAGAACAAUUACUCUCAUAAAAGUUGGAAAAUACAUCUUCGGCGGAUAUUCCAGUUCAUCAUGGGGAAGUAAGUAGUACAUGUAAAUUCAUUUUGAAGAUAAUUUAUUUAAAAUUAGGUACGCAUUGCGUACAUGUGGUUAGCCUAUAGGAUUGGUAAUUGUUAUUGCGUAGAGCUAAUUUCGUUCAAAAUACAGUCGAACCCCUAUAAGCGGACACCUCUCUUAAGCGGACACCUCUUUUAGGCGGACACAUAUCUCAGGUCCCAUUCGUUUCCUUUAAUAAAAUACUAUUAUCAUAACCCCUAUUAAGCGGACACCCCUCUUUAACGGACGCGGACACCGUAAUUGAGGUCCCAAUGGGCAAACCAACCUCUCUUAAGCGGACAGAUGACAGAUUGUCUGAUAAAAUGUAUUCAAUAUUCGACAGUAAAUAACAAUUGAGAUCAAUUUACAUGGCACAUUGACUAUGACACACUAACUUGGCGCGAAGACAUCAGAGCCAAGAUUACCGAGGAAGUGACGAACGAGGACGGAGGACUGUGAACCGUCAGCCGAGGAGCCGAAAGAUAUGUGUCAAAUCACUGAUGAUGACAACGAACUGAACGAAGAUGAUGAAUUGGACUGGUCUCUUAACGAACCAGUCAUUAAAUCGUCCUCCAAAGCCCUUAAAGCUGGCAGAAUUGGCACAAUUUCGAGGUUUGGAAGAACUUUCCAACGCCAUUUUUAUGUAAAUGACAUUAUAAUGGCUAUCGCUACGUGAGCCUCGAAAGCAAACUUGUAUCGAUUCCUUUUUUAUAUGACUGCGAGAGACGUAUACAUUUUCUAAUGAACUUUUAUGUACAAAGAAAUUUUCAUUUUAUGCUAAUUAUUUGCUAGAUAUUUUUUACUGUUUUGAUACUCAAAUUAUACACCUGCUGUAAUUACACACCUUUGCCUCCUGCUGUGUUUUUCUACAUACCCCUUUUAAGCGGACACCCCUUUUAAGCGGACACUUAGGCAAGGUCCCGAAGGUGUCCGCUUAAUUGGGGUUUGACUGUAAGUAAAUUAAUUGCUCGUUUGCCAUCGAGACCAUCUUGGUUGAUUUUUCAAACAUUGAACCAUAAAAUUCUUAUUCUUUAUUCUUUGUCGUAUCAAGCCAGAUACCGUAUAAACUAUCCAUAAUACAGAAACAUUUUUAUAAACAAACCAGAAAAUAUUAAAUUAACUCUACUAUUUCGCCGUAAACGGCUAAAAUAAAUUUUAAAACUCUUUCUCGCCCAGUCCCAAGCAUCGUAGGUCGCUAGAAGCUGCCAACCAUCUUGAGUUCAGUGCAUGCUAUGAAGUCAAUAAUAUCACCAUUCGAUCCAGUGAAACAAUAUCAACUAAUUCCUUAAAUUGUUUGUAUUCAUUAUCAACAUUGGCUAAAAAUAUAGACUGGCCAUACCUUUCGCUAAGCGUACCUUUCGGCCACGCUAUAGAGGGGUAAUUUGACCUUUAGAAUCGAUUUCCGACGUUUUCCGGGUGCUAGGAUAUAAACAUCGCAUUGUUUCGACAAUUUAAUUUGUAUUUCCGGUUGAAACUUUCGCUAAAAAUUUAGAUAUUCUGAAACACUGAAAUAAAAAAUGCAAAUCUGUAGAUACAAGCUUGAAAAUGACACUCUACAUAGUACCGGUCUUCGAUUCAGAGACGUAGCUAGAGGGGGAUGGGGUAGGGGGUGUAACACCCCCCAUUACGGACUCGGCAAAUGUCUGCAAGAUUCGGCAAAUUGUUUUCUGAUUUAUCGACAAAUGGCUUUCGCAGUCAGCGAAAAUAUUUGAGUGCCGGCUCAGGAAAAAAGUGAUAGUUAUAUGGCAAAAAUUUCCCUAAAUUUACAAAAAUUUCGGCAAAAAUUUCGUAUGUUCGGAAAAAAAUUAUACGUCCGGCAAAAUUUUUGUAUGUCCGGAAAAAUUUUUGUAUGUCCGGAAAAAUGGUUCACAUUUAUUAAUGGUAGAAUAGACUGAAUAGCAAUCUUACGCUUAAAUUUUGAAUGCAGUGUAAUAGUAAUCAAUAUACAGGCCAAUCGACUCCUUUAUUCUGGGUCCCUCAUGCAGGAUUACGUAUGACUAAUUAAUAUUCACGCCAUUCAAAGUCGUAUACUAAUAAGAUCAUAUAACUUACGGUAUAGAAAAAGGAGAUGUGUCAGUUAACAUCACAAUGCGCGACAAUAUAAUUAUUGACAGAAAUCGCGGACAUUAUUUAUUCUAAUUCAAUACUAGGCUAAUUUACAAGUUAAACAUGCAGAUUGUGUAACGCUGUAACGCGAUGUUGUAAAUAAAAACAUCUGUCAAUAAAGCACUUCGUUUGUAAGUUGCUGGAUGUAAAACAAAGUCUGUCGAAGUAUCUAAAGUAAUUUUGGCCUCGUUUAAGUUGUUGUUUAUCCUGCGUUUUUAGUUUAUUCCUAGAUCUACAGUGCGCUUUAUAUAUAUAUAUAUAUAUAUAUAUAUAUAUAUAUAUAUAUAUAUAUAUAUAUAUAUAUAUAUAUAUAUAUAUAUAUAUAUAUUAUAUAUAUAUAUAUAUAUAUAUAUAUAUACCGGGUGGGGCAAAAAAAAGUACGACUCUUUGAAUUGGUAUAACAUCAGAACUAAAAGAGCAAUUGCAAUAAAACACGUUUAUUGGCAUUCAGCGAUGUCUAACUUAAAUUUUGAUAUAUGCCAUGCACAUUUCCAUGCCAUAUUGACAAAGAUACGUGCAUUUGAACAAGAGUAACAUUUUUGAAACUGAGAGAAUUAAGCUAAAAACGGCCUAUUAAAUAUUAAUACCUUUAUAUACAAAAACAACUUGUGUUAAGACGCGUUAUACUCUAUAGUCAGUACGUUAACGCUUGUUGUUCAAAAGCAAUCAUCUAUUCAUCAGCAAAUUCAUGUCCCCCGGCACAAUUGCAACAUCUUGCCCGUGAAAUGGGACAGCUCGUUCUAUAGACUCAUUAGAACAUACAGAUUACCUAUCCCACGGGUAUCGGAUACCUUCUAGGAACGAAACUUUUAAUAAAAUCGGCCUUAUAAGUUCACAUCCAUUGCCCAGCAUGGUACAACAAAAAGUCUGUGAAUGAAGAAAUAUUUCUAUAACUUCGACUUCACUUCAUUGAAACAAUAAUUGCGAACAAAUCGUAACGGUUAUUGAAUUAGUUUAAUAGGGGCUUUUCAGCUAAUUAUUGGCGGUUCCAAAAAUGUUUGCGUAAGUUUAAACACAAUUAUCUCAGUCAUAAUCGCAUGAAAAUGCACCAGACAUAUAUCAAAAUCUAAGUUAAACAUCGCGGAAUAUAGGGUGAUUUAUUUAAGUGUAAUAGCUCUUUUAGUUUUUGAGUCAUAGUAAAUCAAAGAGUCGUACUUUUUUUUGCCCCACCCGGUACAGUUAAAUAUUAGAUGACAAUUGACAUGUCUUUGCACCCCGGUGCAUUUCCGGGAUUGACAUUAGAUGACAAUAGACAAAGAUGAUAAAAAUUAACCUUUGCAUAUGGAAAGAACAGGAUGGAUAGUAACUUAAGGGACCGUUCAAUAUUUAUACCUGGGGUUGGUACCGAAGAGAUAUGGGUUCAUGGGUAAUCACUUUUUUGACUAUAUAGCUCAUGCAUGCAUGGGUUGGGUAAAAAAAUUUGUUGCUGUCUGUCAGCUAUAAAAUAAAACUAAAUUAAAAUUACCAUGCAUUGGAAAAUAUGAAGAAAAAUGUGUACAAUACAUUCUGUACCAAAAUAGACCAUCAGUGAUAGAGGAAGGACUCUACCAUUGAUCAGCAGGAACGUGAUUGCUUUGGCACACCCAGUGAGUUUGAGUGUGAGUAAACUUUUAGAAUUUAGGCAACUUGAUUUCUUUCACCAUAAUCUUGUGUGUUUAAUUAGAUAGCCGUUAAGAUCUACGACAUCGACGUCAGCUAGGACGUCAGGGCUAUGCAGAGGACUGGGACUAGGAUGUCGUCCUAAUGUAGUCCCAGUCCUCUGCUUAGCCCUGACGUCCUAGCUAACGUCGACGUCGUAGAUCUUAAGCUAUCUAUUAUUAUGCAGUACAGUAACACAUGGAUUGGGUGAACAUUAUUUUGACCAAUGUUGAGGUUGGAUAAAUAAAAAAUUUGCAGUGUUUUUCGCUUCUCUUCGGUACUAACCCCUGGGGCCGGUUGUAUAAAACUUUUAAUCACUUUCUUAAUCACUAUUUUGUAGUUAAAUAGUGAUUAACUAUCAAAUACGCGCUUCUUAUUGCAUGACGUUUCCACUAAUCAUAGCUAACUUUAAAUUAAUCACUUUUUUAUACAACCGGCCCCAGGUAGUAAAUAAUGAACGGUCCCUAAAUCAGGCCGACCAAUAUUACACUAAAUUCUUUGACGGACUUUGUUUUGCAACCAGCGAUUUCGUCAAGCUGCAAACGAUCUACCUUGUUCUCAGAUUAUGCGAUUUACAACAUUGUCAGUACAGCGUUGUACAGAGUGUUCAGUGUAAAUGUAGUGAUAUUUACUGUUGGAGUAGAAUAAUAUUUAUGUCCGUGCAUGAUUUUCAGCCAUGAAAUUAACGAAUGCAGUAUGAGGCGAUUCUUUAUAGUUUCAAUCUAUACCAAUAAGAAAACUCAUCAAGACUUUUUAGAGAAGCAAAAAGAAAUAUAUUGUUCUUGAACCUGAUUUUGAUAUACCUUUUUUUAAAUUUUGCGCUGCUCUAUGCGUUGCUUUGUUCAACGAAAGCGUCUGAUAUUGGUUAUUGGAUUGCAUGAGUAUACAUAUGCAUGAUUUCCUUUGUUGUAUAAGGACGUCGUAUUGUAAUCAUGUCGGGUUUCUUGGUUAACGCGUGGGCGGUCUGAUUGGAAGCCUCGUGUGAUCGGACAAUUUAUCAUUGUAUAAAGUCAAUCGGCUUUGAAUCGCGUCUUUAUAAUGAUAUAAAGAAACUCGAUCGGUUUUUAAAUAUUGAAUAUAAGGUCUAAGGAGACCAUCUCGGAACUUGGAAUUUAUUAAAGACGGAAUAAUAGAAAAUAAUGCGUGAUAGAAUAAUGCCACUCAUUUUCCCGGAUUGAAGCGCUAAUUUUUAUCAGUUUUAGGAUCCAGCUCUCAAUACAUAUCAAGUACAACCUUCUUCAUCUUCUCAUUCCGCAACAAAUACAAUCUCAGUCCAUUCAAAUCUCAUGUUUAUCAAAACAACAAGCAUGCUAUUUACACAAACCCUAGUUAUGGACCAACCUUUGGAGGAGGGCAUGAUUUAUAUAUUCCAUACAAUGCCAAGUCGUCAACAGGUUACUCAAGUUUGGGCCACACAUACCGUCCUCCAUCAGGGUACAGCUAUAGCAGCAGUAAUACCAACGCAUUAUUGGCUGGCAGUCAUCGUUUCAGUCCUUCUGAAGUUGAAGUUUAUUAUUUUCCAUGA